AUGGUGCGCUGUGCCGCGUCGUGGGACAAGCGUUGGAUGGUUUCUGGAUUGGUCGCCGCAGAAGAGGAAAGGAAGGAACCGGCGGCAGGGGAAAGAUGGCUUUUGUUUGCAAGCAGCCUAGCUCCAGCCCAGCCCAGCCCAGCCCAGCCCAUCCUAGCCCAUUAUCAGAGGCACGACGCAAGAGUCCAGCCCCAAACCCUCACUACCCUCUCCGUCUCUCGCCACCAACCGCGCCGCGCCGUCACUGGCCAUCCCCUCGCCGCCGGCGCCUCCCCGCCGCCACGCCAUGCUUCGGCUCCGAAGCUGCACCUCACCCAGCUCCUCUCUUCUCCCUACACCUCCCAUGUCUCUCCUCUCCACCGCCUCCUCUCCGCCGCAGCCGCCUCCGGCAUUUCUCCGGCAGCUUCCCCAGGCUUUGCCGCCGAGGAGUACCUCGUCUCCGCCUGCGGCUUGACCGCAGCCCAGGCCCUCAAGGCCUCCGCCAAGCUCUCCCACCUCAAGUCCCCCGCCAAGCCCGACGCCGUCCUCGCCGGCAUCGGCCUCUCCGCCGCCGACGUCGCCACCGCCGUCGCCAAGGACCCGCUGUUACUCUGUGCCGGCGUGGAGAGAACCCUGGCCCCCGUCGUCGACGGGCUCACCGGCCUCGGCCUCUCGCGCUCUGAGGUCGCGCGCAUCGCCGUGUUCGUCCCCGGCAAAUUCCGCUGCAGAUCCAUCGUCUCCGCUGUACAGUAUUACCUGACACUCUUCGGGUCCAUGGACAACUUGCUCCGGCUGCUCAAACGCGGCUUCUGGCUACAUGGUUCUGACCUCGAGAGGGUGGUCAAGCCCAAUGUCGCGUUCCUGCGGGAGUGCGGGCUACAUGAUUGCGACAUUGCCAAGCUAUGCAUCCGUGAGCCAAGGGUCCUCAGAAUCAAACAGCAGCGCCUCCAGGCGAUGGUGGCAUGCGCCAAAGCUCUCUGUGUGCCGCAUGGCUCUGGGAUGUUAGGAAAAGCGUUGCAGGCUGUCGCAUCCACUGACGAGGAGAAGAUUGCCACCAAAGUGGAUUACUUGAAGAAGACAUUAAGGUGGUCAGAUUCUGAGGUGGGCAUUGCUUUGCCCAAUAAUCCGAUGGUGCUGACCUAUUCUAAGGAGAGGCUGCAACGCUUAUCAGAGUUCCUCAUCUCCGAGGCGGGGUUGGAACCGGGGUACAUUGCUCAUCGGCCGGCAAUGCUCAAUUAUAGCCUGGAUGGUCGGCUCAGGCCCCGGUACUACGUUAUGAAGUAUCUCAAGGAAAACAGAUUGCUACAUCGCGACCGGGAUUACUAUUCUGCAGUCGCGCUGACUCCGAAGGUAUUCAUGGACAAGUUCAUAUGCCCACACAAGGAAGCUGCACCGCACCUUGCUGAAGACUAUGCAGCAGCUUGCAGAGGGGAAGUGCCAGCUAGAUUCAGAUUCACAUGAAAAUUGGUGGAGGAAACGGAUCGAUUGAUGAAGUCACUUACCAAGUGAGAGGACAGGGAGUUUUCCUCAAGCAAGAAGUAGCCGUGCAAUAGUUCAUACUUAUUUACUGAUUGUGGAUGGUGCUUUCUUUCUUUCGGGAGAAGAUAUGCUGAAACUGGAUGUAGAUGAUGUUUUUUUCCUUCUUCCAGGAGACGAGACGAACCAUGGUGGCUAUGGCUUUGCUGUAAUAUGAAUGGUUCUGAAGGCUCGGUUAGUUGAUGAUGCCCUGAAGCUUUAGUGACAAGUAUGGCCUGAUGACGGCACGGCUUUUAUUCAGGGAAGCUCCUAUUUCUCUCUCUCUCUCUCUCUCUCUCUCUCUCUCUCUCUCUUUUGCAAGUUAAGUAAUCCUUCUAGUGAAGGGGAGCCUUGGCGCAGUGGUAAAGCUGCUGCCUUGUGACCAUGAGGUCAUGGGUUCAAGUCCUGGAAACAGCCUCUUACAGAAAUGUAGGGAAAGGCUGCGUACUAUAGACCCAAAGUGGUCGGACCCUUCCCUGGACCCUGCGCAAGCGGGAGCUACAUGCACCAGGUUGCCCUUUUUUUUUUAAGUAAUCCUUCUAGUAUUGUACUAGAGAUUGUAACAUGGUGGCUGACAAGCUGCUGUUGCCUGCCUACCGGAUUCAUCAGCUCAACUGAGUGAGGCAACCUGAAAAAAAAUAACAAGUUGAAUAACUAGCAGCAUCUGGUUCUUUAAUCAAUUCAUACAUUGGGCUCCGAGCUUCCUCUUGCUAAGACAUGCUGGAUCUUCACUUGGAUAUAAACAAUUUGAAUGAGUUAUGCAUGCAUGUAAACAGUAAGCUCGAUGUAAAUUUUGUACUCUGAACUCUGAAUUUGAAUCAGAGUUGAAAGUUAACUCUGAAUCUUUCAGACGUCAUGGGCGAACUCUGAAACUUAUUACACCCAAGUCAAUUGUGAAGCCAUAGCAAGUGUUUAGAAAUCUCAAGGAGUGAAGUUAACUUGGAUCAGAGCUGAAAGUUUUUUGACUGUUUUUUUCACCAACAAUGUCAUGUCUUAUAAUUGGUGCCAGAAGCAAAUACUGCAAUUUUUUAUAUGCUUCAGUUUAGACUCUUUGGAGCCACAACUAUUUUAUCAACAUUUUCCAUUAUCACAGCCCCAACUGUGUGACAUGAGUUCUCAUGUUUUCAGAACAUAUGGGACUGGGCUUAACAAAUUAUGUUGAAAAAUCACUUUCUUAUCUUAAAAUACAUCAGUGGUUAGCAGAUCUUUAGAGGAAAGUUUCUAUUGUAUUCAUAUGAUCCCUUAGUAGGAUUCAAGGGAAACAUGCAACACAUGUGGUGCCUUUCAUAAGCUAAGCUGGGCUGUGUAAGUAAUUGUUCUUUAGGUAUCUUCGUUUACACUUUUUUAGAUGGUGGCUGAUUGAUAUAGCGGUAAUGUAGUGUACCUCUUUUCUUGGAACAAAUUACCUUUGGCUGACAAAUUGUGCACAUGUGUGAGAGAUUCCUUCAUCUGUUUGCAAAGAUUGCUUGUCCAGUAGCUUCCCUUUGGACCCUUUUACUGAUAAUUCUGUUAUUUGUGUUUUGAUUUUGGUGAUGUGCGUGAAUGAUUAUACCACAACUACUGCCAACUGGUGUUGACGAUGGUGUCUAACGUGUUGAAGGCCUGCAAUGAAACCAUUUAUGUUUCACCUGAUUGUAUCAUUCUUAUUUCUGAAAUUUAUCUGUCCAACAUUUGGCUAAACUUGGUGUGUGCAGAUCUGGAAAAGAAAAAGAUGCGGAGGAAUUCAGAGUGAGAUUUUGGUGGAGGACUGAUCUUCUCUCUCUAGCUUCCAGAGUGUUAUGGUCCUCUGAUUCCGAUUUCAUUGUUUGUGGUUGAUGCACACUCUGGAUAUUCGAUCUUUUUACUAGUGGCUCAUGCCCUGUUUGUUGUUGCAUGGUUUGCAAUGCAAUCACGCCAGUGUAGUUACAUCCAUAGUAACUAUCUGAAGUCAUCAUGAUUAAUUAUUUAAUUAGUGAAGUUGUGCCUAGAGAACAAUCUCCUUUAUGUCGCCAACAUUCAUAUGCAUGGGUUGGUCUUCCAGCCAAGUGGACGUCCUCCAUGGUUCGGUUGGCUUCUGAUGGGAAAAUGAAGCAUACUGCUCCCUCUGUAAACUAAUAUAUACUUACAGCGGUACCUAGCUGCUAAAUGAUCUGCUUCCAUUUUGGUUCCAUUUUUUGUGAGUUUCAAGGCUGAGCCGGUUACUGUUAUGCACAGGGUGGCGACUGAGCUGAGCGCCAUGGUGUGUUGCGUCCAGCGAGGGGCGCAUCCUCAAUGAGGAUGAUGAGGAGAGAACACAGCGGCAGCGGCAGCGGAGGGGGCUUUUUUCUUGGAGGAAUAUGUAUGUGCCUGGCUUGCGACAUGCCACCUGAACUGAACAUGUUGCUUGUAACACUGGUGAUUCAGGGAAAAGGGAAAGGAGGAAAGGUAGCUGAAGAAGAUCAGAUUGUCACAAACCAUUGCCGCGGCGAUGGCUGGACGAGAGCAGAGGAUACAAUGGUUGCUUGUGGAGAAUAACCGGCUGUGGAAGGAGGCGGGGCUGGGGAGUAGGAAGGAGCAACGGUUCAUUUCUUUAAUGCCUUGUCGUGCUCCCCUCCUGUGUCUUUUUAUCCUCCCCGCUCUCGGAGGUACUGGCAGGUGGAAAACAAUAUUCAGGUGGAAAGAAGGCACUGUCAGCU